AGAAGAAGACGAAGAAGAAGCAGGCGCAGAGAAAAGAAGUGCCUAAACGCACCUCUGUUUACCAGAUGUUUCGGGACCAGGAUGGCUGAGAUCCCUCCCGGCGGCUUCCAGAGGAACACCGAACUAAGGUUCAUGCCUGGGAAGUAGAAGCUCCAGCCUGCAGGAGAGAGAGAGAGAGAGAGAGAGAGAGAGAGAGAGUGAGUGAGUGUUCAUAAGACUGGACAGUGCCAUAGGAGUGAUGGGUCCAAGGAGGAAGGCCUCUAAACUCCAGCCUUCAGUGGACAGCGGUGGAGGGGAACCUGUCCUGAGACCCGCUGAGCCCAAAGACUACAUCAACGAACUGUCCCAUGAAGUCCUCUGUCAUAUAUUCAGGUACCUUCCCAUGAAGGAUAUCAUGUGUAUGGAGUGUCUGUCCAGAAAACUUCGAGAAGCUGUGACGCUGUACCUGCGAGUAGUCAAAGUAGUGGAUCUAUGUGCUGGUCGCUGGUGGGAGUACAUGCCCUCAGGCUUUACGGACAGCAGCUUUCUUCUCCUUCUGAAGAAGAUGCCAGAUCUGGAGCAGUUGUAUGGCCUCCACCCUCGAUACCUGGAAAGGAGGCGAGUCCGAGGCUACGAGGCUUUCAGUAUACCUGGAGUCCUGGAGGCACUACAAGCCUGCCCUAACCUGCUGGGUGUGGAGACGUCCCAUCUGGAGCUGGUGGAAGCCGUUUGGAACUACAUGCCCCAGGUUCACAUACUGGGAAAGUUCCGCAACCGCAAUGGGGCUUUUCCCAUUCCUGCUGAGAACAAACUCACCAUCCCUAUAACCGCAAAGAUCCAGACCCUACAUCUAGUGGGUGUGAAUGUCCCAGAGAUCCCCUGUGUGUCCAUGCUGCGACACCUUUACCUGAAGUGGGUUCGUCUCACCAAGCCACAGCCGUUUAAGGACUUUCUGUGUGUGAGCCUGAGAACCUUUGUCAUGCGCAACUGUGCAGGGCCAACCAACUCCCUCAAAUAUGUUCCCUUGGUUACUGGCUUAGCAUCAGCCCGGAACCUGGAGCAACUGGAGCUGGUAAGAGUUCCCUUCCUGGGAGGACUGAUCCAACAUGUGGUGGAGGACAGCUGGAGGUCAGGAGGAUUUCGGAACCUCCACACCAUUGUGUUUGGAGCCUGUAAGAAUGCUCUAGAAGUGGACUUGGGCUACCUCAUCAUCACUGCUGCUCGCAGGCUUCAUGAGCUGCGUAUCCAACCUUCACUGACGAAAGAUGGAGUCUUCUCAGCUCUCAAAAUGGCUGAACUAGAGUUUCCUCAGUUUGAAACACUUCAUUUGGGAUAUGUGGAUGAGUUCCUGCUGCAAUGUAAGAUGAGUCAUUCAGAGCUGGUCAAGUACGGUCUCGCUGAUGUCAUUGAGAAUCCAGGAAUCAUCACUGACAUUGGCAUAAAGGUGGUGAAUGAGGUGUUCACUAAUAUUAAAUACCUGCUCAUCUACAACUGUCCUCACCUCCAUAACCCUCACCACUGGAUCACAGAUCAAUCCAGAUGGAGCCGUCUUGUUGACCUCACUCUUGUUCGCUGUCAUGCUAUCAAACUGGAAUCUUUUUCUCAGUUUAUAGAAUUACUGCCCAGUCUGGAGUUUAUCUGUUUGGACCAGAUGUUUAGAGAACCACCCAAGGGCUGUGCAAGGGUGGGCUUGAGUGCAGGAACUGGUAUUGGCGUGUCCUCAGCACUGGUCAGCAACCAGAACUCCAACAAUGACAAUGACAACCACCACCAUCACCACAAUGAGGCCAACAUACCUCCAGCUCCUCCGCCUGUCAUCAACAACAACAACCAGAGGCAGCCGCCGCAGCCGCCGCAGCAACACCAGCAGCAGCAGCAGCACAAUGCACCAGUGGAGGUCAAUGGGGUGGAGGAAGAGGGCGAGGAGGAGGAAGAGGAGGUCAUCUUGGAGGAUGAGAACAUAGAGGCUGAGCAAAAAGGAGCAAAAGGGGGAGAGGCCAUGGAAGCUGAUGUGAAACCAGGUCCUAGUCAUCCAGCGGACCUGCCACAGCAUUGUGAUGAGGAGCAAGCAGGUCCCAGUGGUUUGGUCCAGCAGUGCCGACCAGCUGGUGCUGCCAUCUCCAAGCCCCCAUUGGUCAUCUCAGACUCGGACAGUGAGGAAGAGGAAGGUCUUGUUUCAAGGCUCAUGCCACCUUCCUGUUUACAGCAGUCAGCUUCCUGUACAAAAGGUAAAGGAAAGACACCUCUACGGCGGUGCAACAAUGUGGACGUAUCAGUGGCAGUCUCUGUUGACCAGCCAAAGGCUCAGGUGUCGGAGAGCAGCUGUGAAAAGAGCUGUCAGGUGACCAGCGAGCAGAUAAAGGCAGACAUGAAGGCUGCUACUGAGAGCAGCAGGAGGACUGGCAGUAAAGGAAUCACAACUGAGACUGUGGAGGCCACUGCCAGGUCAGGGCCGGACAGUCGGACAGUACCGGGCACUGGGAGCACUGGGACAGCGUCAAGGGCUGGUGUGAGGCCAGUGACUGCAUCUGUGGGUAGAGUUGGACCUGUGGCAGCUACAUCUGGCCAUGUGGGUGGAUGUGGGAAGGUGGUGGUAGUCACCACACAUGGAGCCACAGCAACCACAGACAGACCAGUGGGCAGGAUUAAUCAUGGCACAGAGGGCCCCUCUGGAACACAGACUGGUGGCAGUUUGAUCAGGGAGAACGGGGUGAGACAGAGCUCCAGCCAUGACGAUGUGGAUAGUCGCGAGCCCAGAGGUGCUGCAACUGUAAACCAUGCCUCCAGGACGUCAGCACCGCAGGGGGGACAGGGAGAGAGACUACAUGCCCCUCCUGGAUCUGCCUCUGCUGUUUGCUCAGGCUUACAGCAGAGUCAGGCCAGGUAUGAGGACUUUGUUCCGAGGCGACCCCUGACCCGAUCGUGCACCCGCACGUCCUCUGUGUCCUUGUUACCUGAGACAGAUCUUUCUAGAGCCAGGCCUCGAGUGGCAGUGAGGAGGAAACGGAUGGCUGACAAAUCAACCAGUACCUCGGACCCAGUCACAGAGGAUGACCACGUACAGGUUUUGUCUCUGAAGAGUAAGAACCUUGUGGGUAUCACUCUGACCAAUUGUGGAAUCACUGACCUUGUCCUCAAAGACUGCCCCAAGAUGAUGUUUGUUCAUGCCACCAGAUGUCGAGUGCUGAAGCAGCUGCAGGUGGAAAGCGCCCCCAUAGUCAACAGGUUUGACUAUGCUCAGUGUAAGAAGCUGGAGAUGGAGCAGGUCCUCGACCAGAUACUGAGAAUGCCUCCCGAAAGGAACCGCAUCAUCUACAUGCGUCCGAUGCACCAGAUUGACUCAGUGGCAUUGGAGCGCCAGCUCUUCCAGGGGCCCUAUCCGUAUCAUAUUGCUAUAGUGCACGAGUUCAGCAACCCUCCAAACAUACGCAACAAAGUUCGCAUUCGCAGCUGGAUGGACACAAUAGCCAACAUCAGCCAAGAGUUAAUCAAGUAUGAGUUCUUCCCAGAGGCCACCAGGACAGAAGAGGAUGUUAAGAGGUUUUCCAAAUACCCCUGGGGGCGGGACAUCUACACACUGGAGGGAGUGGUGGAUGGAGCUCCGUACAGCAUGAUCACAGACUUCCCCUGGCUGAGGACUCUCAGAGCAGCUGAUCCUAACAGCUACGCCCGCUACGACUUUGAGGAUGAUGAAAACACCACCAUCUACGCACCGCGACGUAAAGGCCAACUGUCUGCUGACAUCUGCAUGGAGACCAUUGGGGAGGAGAUCUCAGAGCGCCGACAGUGCAAAAGAGGAGUGUUCCAGAGAGUGGUGGUUCUCUUCCUUCAUCACUGUGAUACACCAGGAGAGCCUGUGGAUGACGACUACAUCUAGAGGCCAACACCUCCUCAUUCACUUAUACUGCUGCACCACUGAGCGCCUGACUGUAGAAACGGUUUGAUUUGGAGAUGGGAGGUGGAUGUAUCAUGUGUUUGCUGCAGAAGCGGGUCAGUGAUGUGUUCCACGCAAACAUGAUAACUCUGACGAAUAAUGGAGGAUGCUGAAGUGGCCAAUGUUGAAAUGAAUUUGCAAAAAACCCUUCACCUGAUCUACCUUUGUGAUUAGUUUCAGUAGCACCAGACUGGAGGUUUAAUCAGUUUUGACCCUUUCCCACUGGAAAACAAAGGUUUAUCAUCUGUUCAGGUUGAUGCAGAUUUUCUAAUUUUCUGGGUAAAGUCUAAAGGCAGGUAUGAGCACCCCAGUAUAUUAUACAUUCUCCAAUAGCAGCUGAUUAAAACUGGGAAAAUAUUAUAUUUUGUCCUUAUUCCAAAACUAAAUGAUCAUUCUUAUGGCUGACAGAACAACCCGUCAUCUGCGUCGAUAGUGUUUUCUGCUGCUGCUCUGGUCCAUCAUGGUGACAGAACACAUGCAGUGAAGGACUUGCAGCAGCAUUGCUUCAUCUGUUCCCUGCCAGAGUCUGCUGAUCGAUGCUACCAGUCACCAGAACUGAAACAAUGCUUCGUAAUUUAAUUUUAAGUUCAUAUUUUUCUUUGAUCUUGCAAAAGUGUUUGUGGUUCUGGUCUUUGUCAUUUAUCUCAACAAGUGCCAAGUGGAAAAGAAGCAGACAUGUGAAGUCCAGAUGGGGCUGAAGUAGAAGUGUUUGCACAAUAGCUUCACUGUGCUUGACUACCAGCCCUCUGCAUGCGCAGCCUUUGGACUGAAGGCCUUCUGGCUCCUCCAGGCCGUUGUCCUGUUGACGUGCUGUAGAUAUCACUGACUCAUUUAGCAGCGUCAUCAGAGCUCAUAACACGUCAGCACCAAUUCUGUUGCUCGUAAGUCCAGUCCAGUUUUUCUCAGUGACCAGGCAGAAUGCUUGGGAUCGGACUGGUCUGCCCUUUAGGACUGCAGAGCGCUGUAAGAAACUGGUUCCUUCAGGUUCAGGAUGUGGCUUCUUAAAGAUGAAAAUGGUUUGGGUUGAAAAAGAUGAAAAAAAAAACCAUCCAAACAAACCGUGAACGUUCACUGUCCUAUAAGUGGAAUGACACAAACCGAGGCUUCUGUUUUUGUAUUUACGAUUGUACAGAUGUGGAUGAUGGGAUGCUUCAACAGUGUUUAUAUGUUUAUAUGGAAAGAACAAGACUAUUUCACAUAAUGAAAAGUAAAAUGAUGAGAAACAA